CUCCUGGAUGGAGUCGGCUCGCUGCGGCGAGAGAGAGAGAGAGAAGUUAAAAGAAGGACGGUGGGCGAAAGCUGGAUGUGUAUGGAUGAGUUUCAUUUGUCUUGAAGUGGCGUCACAGUCUGAAAUGCACAACGUGUAACAUUGGCACGGUGUCGUAACGAAGGAAUAAGCUCAUUCGUUCUCGCCGGAAAAAAAGUUAUAACAUGGAAUGUCUGCCGGCGUAGUUGAUCCCCUGCACGCAGCUGUCUGAAGAGCUUCGGCAGUGGAGGAGCAGCAAGCAUGGAUGUGGAAGACUUUCCUCCCCCACCUCCUGAAAUGUUGGCAGACAGUGUCCCGUUCGCAGACGAAGACGAUGGCGAAGCCUUCGACUUUGACGACAGCGGUGAUGAUGUCGUCCCCGAAGCCGACCGGCUGCCCCCUGCACCUCCGGUUCCUCCAGCCCCCAGCAGCGGGGACGGUCUGCUGGCCAGUCUCCCCGACCCCCCAGCACCUUCCCCCACACCCAUCACAGCUCCAUUAUCAGUAGACACGAGCGCAGCAACGGCAGAGGGAGAGGGCUCAUCUGCUCCUGAGGGGGCUGCCGACACAGAGUCCGAUUUACCUCCGCCCCCGCCCCCUCCUCUUACUGGUGACGCAGAAACAGAUCCUGCACAAACAGACCCCUCCAUCGAUGAACCUCCCCCUCCCCAGGCUGUCCCGAGGACCUCCUCCCAGGGCAAAGUAAACCCCUACUCUGUGAUUGACAUCAACCCUCUCCAGCUGCAGCAGAUUGAGAAGCAGCAUGGCCCAUCCUCGCCGACGUCCUCGCAGAUGGAGCCCAGAGAACGAGAGGAAGAGGCCCACGACGUCGACACGAGUCCCGCUGGCGUCACCUCAGGGUACUCGGUCCCAGUGCCCUGUGGCUACGCAACCCCCUCCGGUGUACCGCUCAUCACACCCGCUUACACCACACCCGUCAUCAUUCGGCACCUCUCCAUGGACGAGGAUGUCACUGUGAUCGGGACCGGCAGCACUUCUGUUGACAGUGUUUUUAGUGAAGAGUAUCCACCUAUUAAAGAAGAGGACGCUUUGGCCAAAUGGGCGUCAGAUCCUGCCAACACUGCGUGGAUGGACAAUCCAGAUGAGGUGAUUUACGAUGACGUGCCCCGAGAGAACUCUGACUCCAACACAGAUCCAGAUGAGAUGAUCUAUGACGACGUGGAGCUUGGCGAGGAGGGGGGCUGCAACAGCUCCCUUGACAACGGAUGGAGCUCGAGCGAGUUUGAAAGCUACGAAGAGGCCAGCGAUGGGGAGGGUCACCUUGAGAAUGGCCUGCCCCACGCCUUCAUGAGAGGGAAGCCGCCCCAGAGGAAGACCCAUCUCUCUCAAGAUCUGACUCGCUUGAAAGAACACUAUGAGAAAAAGAUGAAAGAUCUAAUGGCAAAUACGGUGGGAACGGUAGAGCUGCAGCAGCUAAAACAGAAACACGAGCAGAAGAUGCAAAAGCUGGUGAAGGCAGCUAAGGAUGGGACCAAAGACGGGCUGGAGAAAACAAAGGCUGCCGUGAAAAAGGGACGCUCUUUCAUCAAAACCAAGUCAUUCUGUCAGGAGAGGAAGUCUGCCUGUUUUGAAGAUGAGGAGUCUGAACUCUUCAUCGAAGUGGACUGUUUCAACGUUGAGCCAGUGCUUUGUGAAGCACCAGAGGGUCUUUCGCAGCAACAGCUGGUGAGGCGAUGCAUUUUGGGAUCUAUUUUGGAGAGCGAGAAGAACUACCUUGACGCAAUGAAGAGGAUACUGGAGCAAUACGAGAAGCCCCUGUCCCAGAUGGAGCCGAGGCUGCUGAGCGACAGGAAACUGAAGAUGACCUUCUAUCGCGUGCGUGAGAUCCUGCAGUGCCACUUCCUGUUCCAGAUCGCGCUGGCGAGCCGCGUGGCCGAGUGGGACAGCCUGGAGAUGAUCGGGGAUGUGUUUGUGGCAUCGUUCUCGAAGUCUAUGGUGCUGGACGCCUACAGUGAGUACGUGAACAACUUCAGCAAUGCGAUGGCGGUGGUGAGGAAGACGUGCGCGGCCAAACCGGGCUUCCUGGAGUUCCUCAAGCAUCGACAGGAGACAAGCAGUGACAGAAUGACUUUGUACGGCUUGAUGAUGAAACCUAUCCAGAGGUUCCCGCAGUUCAUUUUACUCCUUCAGGACAUGCUGAAGAACACACCCGUGGGUCACGCAGACCGCCUGCCGCUUCAGAUGGCCCUGACCGAACUGGAGACACUGGCAGAGAAGCUCAAUGAAAAGAAGAGGGAGGCCGACCAGCGCUGUGAGAUCCGCCACAUCGCGAAGGCCAUGAACGAACGCUACCUCAACAAGCUCCUGAGCAACGGCAGCCGCCACCUGAUUCGCUCCGACGACAUGGUGGAGACGGUCUACAACGAGCGCGGCGAAAUCAUCAAAACCAAGGAGCGGCGCCUCUUCCUGCUCAAUGAUGUGCUCAUGUGUGCCACGCCCAAUAUCCGAUGUCAGGACGGCAGUGGCAGCGGCAACGGAAACGCUCCACUCGACCAGAAGUUCCUUCUGAAGUGGAGCGUGCCGCUGGGCUUCGUGGAGGUGCUGGAGUUUGGAUCCAGCGAGGACAUGGCCGACAGCAGCCGCUACCAGGCACCUCAUUCCGGGGAGAAGGUGGUCAUCAACGCUAAGCCAAACAAGCUGUACAUGGGCCCGGGUCAGUUGUACCAAGAUCUGCAGAACCUAAUCCACGACCUCAGCCUGGUCAACCAGAUCUCCAGCAUGAUCGGCAGCCUCAAAGGAAACUACCAGAAUGUAAACCCCGCCGUGGCCCAGGACUGGGUGUCAGGUCUACAGAGGCUGAUUCUGAAGAAGGAGGAGGAGAUCAGAGCAGCUGACCGGUGCAGGAUCCAACUCCAGCUGCCGGGCAAACAAGACAAGUCGGGCAAACCCACUUACUUCAGUGCCGUGUUCAAUACUCUCAGCCCGGCCAUCAAACAGUCAUGGAUCAGUAACUUGCAGAUGGCUAAACUGGCUCUAGAGGAGGACAACCUGCAGGGCUGGCUGUUUGCAGAGGACGAUGGAAAUCAGAUCAAAAAGCAGAAGCACCCCCUCUUGCUUCGACAAAUGCCUGUGGUCAUGUCAAAACUGCAGGAGUUCAAGGUGGAGUGUGCCGUUCAUAACCCCGAGCCCCAUAUCAACACAGAGAGCACAGCGGACACGCCCGUCGUGGGCCACGGAUGUGUCUGGGUUGCAAGUUGCACUAACCAGAUGGGCCAGAUCGCCAUCGUGGCCAUGCAGAACUCCAGCCCUAAGGUGACCGAGUGUUUCAAUGUGGAGUCGCGUAUCCUCUGCAUGGCCUUCGUCCCGGCGGAGCAACCCCAGGAAAAUGGCGAGAAGGUCCCCGAAAACAACCACGUCCCUGCAGCAAAGGCCAGUGAUACACCCAGUGUCUGUCUGGGCAUGGAGGAGGGCAGCAUUAUUGUGUAUAAGAGCAGCCAGCGCUCCAAGAAAGUACGUCUGCAGCAUUUCUUCACACCAGACAAGUCCACCGUCACCAGCCUGGUCUACAGGAGACCCUGUCUGUACGCCGGCCUGGUCAGCGGCGCUGUGGCAGUUUACUCCAGAUCACAAGACGGCUUGUGGAACUGUGACAAGCCCAAAGUGCUGAAGCUGGGAGUCCUGCCGGUCAAGGCCAUGCUGGCUGUGGAGGAGCACCUCUGGGCAUCAUCGGGGGGCCAGGUCUUCAUCAUCGGCACCCACACACAUUCUGUGGAGAGGCAGCUGGAGGCCCACCAGGAAGAAGGCAUGGUGGUGUCCCACAUGGUGGUGGCCGGCGUAGGCAUUUGGAUCGCCUUCAGCUCCGGCUCCGCGCUCCGUCUUUUCCACACAGAGACGCUGGAGCACCUACAGGACAUCAACAUCGCUACACCUGUCCACAACGUACUCCCUGGAAACCAGAGAGUGUCCGUGAGCAGCCUGCUGGUCUGUCACGGUCUGCUCCUGGUCGGGACCAACCUGGGGGUGACCGUGGCUCUCUCCGUCCCCAGACUGCAGGGGAUCCCCAAGGUCACAGGUCGGGGAAUGGUGUCAUUGCACGCUCACAACGGACCAGUCAAGUUCCUCACCGUCGCUGCUGCAGUGUGCAAUCGGUCCUCCGGCCAGCCGUCCUCCGGCCCGCCGUCCUCCACCCCACCCACCCCGGUCCAGCCGGCAGGAACGGAGGCUGUGGAGAACGCCCCGCCGCCCUCCGACUCAGCUCCGGCGCCUCCCCCAGGGCGAAGCGUAUGGCUGGGAGAGGCGGGCUGCACCACCAUGGCCCUCCAAGACUCUGUGUCCUCCUCAUCCUGCGGCUCCCUGGCUCCGUCCCAGGGCUCCCUGGAGCACGGGCCGGAGGACGGCGCCCUCUACGACGUGCUCCACGACCCGGCCAACCAGCAGAGGGGCCGCCGUUCCAGCAAAGUGGACGUCAGCUCUCUGCUCGUGGUGUCCGGAGGUCUGGGCCACCGCAGGGUGAACAAAAAGACCAAACAGUCUCGCCACGAGGACACCACCUCCACUAUCAUGAUCUGGCAGAUUCCCUUACUUAACAUGUGACACCAAAAAACGCCUCGACGGGUUAAAAAACAGAAGUGCUGCUCACAACUCUCACGAGAGUGUGUUACACUUCACGGAAUAUAAGUGAUGAAUCGGAAAAACAACUAAAUGUGUUAUUUAAACCAGAACUGCAUCGGGAACUCUUCAUCAUUCCCACGAUGUUUCUAAUGAUGUCUCCUCCCACAAAACCACUCAGCCCUCCUGCAGCAGCCCAGUCGGAGGACAUACUGCACUGUGUCGCUGUACUUACGUUAAGGAUGUAAUUGUUCGAAGACACUGAAAGGUCUUUUGAAUUUCGACCCUCUGAUAAAGUCGAUGGUUGUUCUAUAACGUGGCUAAUACAUUCCAUUACCCUGCAGUGUUUGCGCCGGACCGUUGGACUGUUCGGGACUGCGGUAUUUAAAUCAGUGUUGAAAGGAAAUGGGACUCGAAUAAACAACGCUGUUCCGCUGGGAAGGCGUGUAACGUAACGACGGUGCUUUGAAAGUGUUACAUGAAAGUUUUCUGGUAAGAUUAGGAGUAGGACCUCAGAUCGUCUGUCAAGGCCAGAGUUGUAAAUAUCAAGUGUGGCGACUAAGGAUUACACGUGCGGCAGUUCUUGGCUCAGAAACAGUGUUUAUAUGGAAGCAGAUCAUUUUUUUUACUAUUGGGCCAGCUCGUUGCAGCGCUGCAACUCUUCUGUUAACUGAGCAAAGGGAUUUAAAAAAAGGACGUGUAAUAUCGAUGACGAAAAAUGAGUUUGAGAAGGCUCGAUGAGAAUCCCUGGCUGGCCAGGUUUCUACUCAUGAAGGGAAGAAAGACUUUCUAUCACCACAAGAGUUGUUUUUGUUUUUUUUCACCCUAAUGCAUAUUUGUUUCCCACAUAAGGAUAUUUAAAAAAGGAUUUAAAAAAAAAAGAAGCUUUAUACUUUAUUCAUUAUUCGUCUGUACGUCUGCUAUGUAUGUUAACAAAUCCAUAAACAUUCUUUUUAUCGAUCAAA